UUGGAUUAAUAUUUUCAUUUUCGUUUCAAAACUCUACAUAGCCCAAGAUGUAUUUUCUCAGUAAAUUCUUGGAAUAACUCAACCGUUAACAGGUGCACUUAAUACCAAGGUUUUCUUUAACAAUGUAUCACUGCGGCGUUUUUUUAAAUUAUACUGCAAUGUUAAUUACACGUGAUGUUUAAUAGCAUCCAAUCGAUCUGUAUCACAUUAUAUCGUGCAGAACUACAGCUGAUCAAACGUGUACUUGUUUGUGUUACACGGUAUACUGAAUACACUGAAUAUAUUACUAGAGGUAUAGGAUAACACGUGUUUUGAUAAUCAUAUCACAUCCUUCUAAUUUUUCUUCCGUAAAUAUUUUUACGAAGAAGGACGUAAGAAAUGAAAUUUCCAUUGAAAUUCAUUUCUAGAGUGAGCUAAACAGAUAAUUUUUAAUAUAACGAAUAUCAAUUUCGAGUAACGCGUUAUUUGCAGAAUCUUCAUCGCGGAACUUCUGUUUUACAGCCGUUUCAAUGGCUAGGAAUACCGAAUUUCUGAACGGGAACGAAGAAUCUCGGAUGGAAGUAACAACGGCGUCGUUGACACAAAUCGUCGCCAAGUGUCAUCGAACACUCGGAAAAGUUCUGCUAAUACCAGACCGUUCGAUGCUGUGGCAAAGCAGUUCGCGAACAAUUCCGCACGGAUAUUUCUGAAUACACAAGUGAUACGGUGAAACGAGCGGGAACUUCUCCCUGUCCUCGAAACGACCAUCGACCAUAGAGAAAUUUUAAUUCGAACCGAAACAGUUUAGGAAACUACACCGGGAAACGUCCGCGUUCCAAAGCAUCUUUUGUUCGAUAAAAGGAAAAAUGGCACGCUACCACAAUUUUAUGCAAUUCGGAAGAUUGUAAAGGAACUGAACGCUUGAAAUAAAAAUGAAAAUGAAAAUCAAGAAUAUCGCUUUACCUAUUUCUUGGGAUUACAACGAACGUAUCUGACCAUCGAAAACACGAAUGGAGGAAACUAUAAAUUUCAGAGAUAAAACCUAAAUGUAUCAGCAACGAGGAAUAUAUUAAAACGAGAUAUGUACACGUUGUAGAGGCUUGUCACGAGAAGCACGCUCGAGAGAAUUCGAGCGGCGUGCGUUAACAAAGAAAAUGAUUAAUCGUAACGAGUGCAACGUCGGUACGGUUGCACGUAAAAUAAUUGAGAAUUUUUGCCGAGUAUAGCCUUCCGCCUUGAAAACACUGAUAAGCCUCGGUAGAAGAGUAUUUCGUCAACGAUACCGAGCGAAACGGCAUGCCGGCUACGGUCAAAGGGCAAUAAAGAAUCGAACGAAUCGUGUAGAAUGCUGCAAUCUCGCGCGAUCGUGAAAUCAUGCUCGCCAAAGUCAGGCCGAAUUAGACGUUUAUACGUUUUCAUCUGGCGAAAAAGCCCUCCCGGCUUGUUUCAUGCAUGUUGCAUGAAUCCAGACUUGCCCGAAACACCGAACCUACGUGUGUAACAUGUAUAAUUUAUAUCGUCGAUCAUGCUCAAUCGUGCGAUGUUUAUUGCAGCUUGUCCGUUCGUUCGCCAAAGCAAAAAGGUCAAGAUGUAUUUUAUUUUUAGCGAAUUGAUAGGAUGACACUUUGGAGUUUGUAUUUUAACGAAACAAUAGAACAAAGCCUAGAAAAUCUACAAUCAAUUUAUAUAUUUUCAUACAAUUCAAGUUACUUUUGUUGAAGAACCUCGAUCCACGUUCGUCCAUCAAUUUUCCAGCGGUAUAGUUACCCUUGACCAUCCCUCUUAAACAUUUCAUUUCCUGAUAAAUGCAUUCAAAUAAUUCUUUGGUCCUUCCCUCGUAUUUACUCGUUAUCUCCGAGGUAACUUAGCAUCUCGAUAAACAUAACAACACGGCCUUUACAAUGAACCCGGAAAUUUGCAUAAAGCCAUCUGUCCUCUGUUCAUUUGCUUCCCAGUUCCUGCUCAAAGGGAAUUUAUCGUUCGAGAAAAGGGACAGAGGCUCGCGAGACGAAUCCACUCGAUUUAAAUGAAUCAACAUCGAGAAGAGCAACGUCGACGAAAUUCCCUGCUUCGGUAUCCACCUCUAUUCGGUUCCAUCAUUUAAUUAUCCCACCGGAGAGGACCUAACCUUGUCAUUAAGAAAUCGAACGAGUGACCACCAUGAAAAUUGCCUGAUCCUCCUUUUUCUUUCCUCCUCUACGAUUCUACAGUAACCAAAGGUCUUUGUCCAUUGUAAACGAGAUCUUUUCCAAGUACGCCUCGUGAAAGCGGGUCAAAGAGCGGCAAAGAACUCGUCGCUCAUGUCCUUAAUCCUAUUAUUGGAUUUUUCAGAACGUCCCGUUACCAUUCCUCCCUUCUUUCCUUUUUUUCGUCUUCUUCUUCUUUUUCUUCUUCAUUCUCUUUUAUACAGACAUCUACGUACUCCCCUCGUCUCUUUCUUUCCCUCAUUUUCCUCUCCUCGUUCCCUGUCCCGAUAGCCGAUAAACGCUUCAAGCUGUUUACAUCGGUCGCAACAACUGCAGCCGAACAAACUCUCUUUUCACCGAUAACACGUCCGAUGAUUUAUGAACGCUGAUAAUGGCCACUGUAUAAUGCGAUGCACUGCGAGGCCAGUGUCUUGUAAACCCGCUUGUUAUCGGCCAGAGGACAUCUGGACAGUGAUCGACCAAACGUUCGAAUCACGUGCUAACAAGAAUGUAAAUUCGAGUAUUACGUGGCCAAACGAGGGUAAUGUUCAAUCUUUAUCAACGCGUACGAUGAAAAAUAUUCGUCAGGUUGAUUCGAAGGGAUCGUGGAAACUAAUAAGAAUAGGGUGCUUUAUGAAGUGGUUUCCUCGGCGACAUAGCUUUGCCGAACAUCAAAUACGAAACAGAAUGGCGACAGCAGAAGCUGAACAAAAGUUAUCUCGAAGAAUUGGAGAAGUAUCGAGACGAGGUACUGAAAGAGGGUCUCCAGGUUGAAGAAGAGGGUCUUACAGAGAUCCUUCAAUUUAAAAAUGAGCACGACGCUAACGAGCCGCAUCAGGAGAACGAGGAGAUCGUGGCUUCUCAAGAGAAAUCCGAACCAAUUAUGGUGGACCGGAAUCAAUACAGCAUGGACGGCGAGCUCGAGGGUGGAUUCAGUUUUAAAGCGAGGAACGACGAUGCCAGGCCUGGUGUCAGGGACGAAGGAGUCGAAUUCAGAUUGGAAUCGACGACUCCUGCAACGAAAAAGAGGCACUCUGCUCGAAAACAGAACCACGAUGUUUCGCAGACAGCAUCGAACGUGAACGCGACGAAAUCGAAACAGUCGUUUUUGAGAACAUCUCACGAACUCGAUAACUUUUCCACGAGCACGGAUAGCACCAAUCAAAUGAAAGACGCGAAUAUGAAGAAUAUCGAGGAAGUAUUCACUGUUCAACCGGAAAACAGCACGCAAAACGUAUCGAAGAGACGACAUCGACGUCAUCAUCGUAGAAGAACGAGCAAACGUAGACAUCGUCGUCGGAAGAUACCAUUGGUCAGACGCGAUUUCGACGACUCGUCCGACGAGGUUGUUUCGUUGCACGAUCGACAGCUGCGCUCGAUCGAAUUCUACGACAUGGAACAUAAGCCGAAGUAUCUGGCGAACAAACGUGGCACCACGAGACACGGAUACUCGAGCAGAAGACGAAGAGCCGCGACAGCACGGAAGGAACGCGUAUGGGACGACGGGGUGAUCCCGUACGAGAUCGAUGGGAAUUUUUCCGGGGCGCACAAAGCCCUCUUCAAGCAGGCCAUGAGACACUGGGAGAACUUUACUUGCGUUAAAUUUGUCGAGCGAGUACCCACGGAGCAUCCUAAUUAUAUACUCUUCACCGAGAGACCGUGCGGAUGCUGCUCGUUCGUCGGGAAACGAGGGAACGGUGCUCAAGCCAUAAGCAUCGGGAAGAACUGCGACAAAUUUGGAAUAGUCGUUCACGAGCUAGGACACGUGGUAGGUUUUUGGCACGAGCACACCAGACCCGAUCGUGAUCGUCAUGUACAGAUCAUUCGCGACAAUAUCAUGUCUGGUCAGGAGUACAACUUCAACAAAUUGACCGAGGAGGAAGUGAAUUCGCUCGGAUUGCCCUACGACUAUGAUUCGAUCAUGCACUACGCGAAGAACACGUUCUCAAGAGGCACCUAUCUGGACACCAUCCUUCCGAUGGAAAGUCACGGAAAGAAACGUCCUGAGAUUGGUCAAAGGCUACGUCUGAGCGAGGGUGACAUCGCUCAAACCAACCUUCUCUACAAAUGUUACAAAUGCGGGAGAACGUUUCAAGAAAACAGCGGAAGCUUCGGGUCUCCGAUUCAUCCGAACGGAUCACCCUCGACAGAAGGUGAACGUUGCGAAUGGAGGAUAACAGCGACCCACGGAGAACGAAUAGUUCUGAACAUAACAUCGUUGAACAUACUUAAAAGCAAUCUUUGUCGUAGCGAUUACUUGGAGAUUAGAGACGGAUACUGGCACAAGAGUAAAGUGUUAGGUCGUUACUGUGGCAACGGUAAGAUCCAGGAUCCGAUCGUGUCUACCGGAAGUCGAAUGCUUGUUACAUACGUGACAUCCGGUCAUCAGAGCAGCGGGCAGCGCGGCUUUACCGCGUCCUACGAGGCCGUUUGCGGUGGUGAAAUCGAGCUCGACGACACUGGUCACCUCGAGUCACCCAACUAUCCAGAUGGUUACCAAUCGAGCAAGGAGUGUGUGUGGAAGUUGUCGGUGCCACAGAAUUUCCAAGUGGCGUUAAAGUUUCAGUCAUUCGAGAUCGAGAACCACGACAACUGCGUUUACGACUACGUCGAGGUCCGGGAUGGUCACAACGCGGACUCUCCGUUGAUCGGGGUUUACUGUGGCUACAAAAUACCGCCGGACAUCAAGUCCACUGGUAACAAACUUCUGGUGAAGUUUGUCAGCGACGGAUCUGUACAGAAGGCUGGAUUUUCGGCCACCUUCAUGAAAGAGUUUGAUGAAUGCGUUCUGAUCGAGCAUGGCUGCGAACACAAUUGUAUCAACACUCUGGGUGGAUUCGAAUGUUCUUGCAAUCCUGGUUACGAAUUGCAUUCGGAUGGAAAACACUGUGAAGAUGCCUGUGGUGGAACGUUCGUCGAUAGCAACGGAACCAUCACCAGUCCAUCGUUUCCGGUAACUUAUCCAGGAAACAAGGAUUGCGUGUGGGAGAUCAUAGCUCCGCCUCAGUAUCGUAUCAUGUUGAAUUUCACUCAUUUCGAUUUGGAAGGGAACAAUGCUCGUCAGCAAGAAUGCGAGUACGAUUCCGUAGAAGUGAGCAGCAAGCUUGGGGAUGAUAUUUUGAGGAAACACGGGAUCUUCUGCGGCUCGAGAGUGCCGUCGUUAAUUACAUCCGAGGGAAACUUCAUGAAGAUAACUUUCACAUCCGACAAUAGUAUUCAAAAAACAGGAUUCGCUGCUGUCUUCUUAACAGACAUGGACGAGUGUGCUAACAAUAACGGUGGUUGUCAACACGAAUGCAGAAACACGAUAGGAUCGUAUCAAUGUUCGUGUCACAAUGGCUUUACGCUUCACGAAAAUGGCCACGAUUGCAGGGAAGGUGGUUGCAAGUACGAAAUCGUUGCACCCAUGGGUACGAUAACGUCGCCAAACUAUCCAGACUAUUAUCCUGGUCUCAAGGAUUGUGUUUGGCAUUUUGUUACCAAGCCUGGACAUCGUAUCAAGCUGGUCUUCAAAGUCUUCGAAAUGGAAUCCCAUCAAGAAUGCAAUUACGAUCACAUUGCAAUUUAUGACGGCGACUCGCCGGAUAGUCACGUUCUCGGUAAAUUCUGCGGUACCAAAGAACCUCAUCCAAUCUUGGCGACCGGAAAUCAAAUGUACAUGGUAUUUAAAAGCGAUGCAUCCAUUCAGAGGAAAGGCUUCCUCGCCACUCACAGCACUGCUUGCGGUGGACAUCUCGUUGCAACGAGCGAGGUGAAGCAUUUGUAUUCUCAUGCCAAGUACGGUACUCAUAAUUACGACCAUAGAACGGACUGUGAUUGGGCCAUUGAAGCACCGCCUGGCAAAAAUGUCCAUUUAACUUUCGUCACGUUUCAACUCGAAUCGGAAAGCGAGUGCAAUUACGAUUUCGUCGAGGUUUAUUCCGGUUUGGAUACAUCAGGUCUUCUUUAUGGACGAUAUUGUGGAAAUAGCAACACCACCGACUUUAUUUCCAUUAACGAAGCGUUGUUAGUGCGAUUCAGGACGGACGACACGAUAUCGAACAAAGGUUUCAUGGCGUUUUUCGUGGCGGUCGAUCGACAGGACAGCGGUGAGAACUACGGUGGUUCAGAAGACGAAGACGCGGACGUGUCAGGCCUCGCGAAUCGAUUGGGCUCCGAGUUCCACAUCGGUGCAGCCUUGCAAAGCAGCGAUCGAAGUGAAAACGAGUAAAAUCAAAUAUGAUCGCUCCGAGUGGAACGCGUGUGCCGUUUCAACGUAUUGUCGUAGCCCAGACACGUGUAUGUGGAUCUUUCUCGAUCGUCGAGGCCGUGAAGCAUUGUUCUUCUAUUCUCUAAGUACAUUCGAACGAAUCGACAAUGUUUGUCAGAGGACAAGGAUAAUUUAUUCCAACAGUGAAUUAACAGCGCUAAUCGUUUCGAUUUAGCUUGUACGAUUCCGAAGUUCGGCCUAUAUCGGCCCAAUUGUGCCAUUCUAUGUUUAGAUAGAUCGCAUUAUAAUAUAUUACCAUUCAUAAAUUCCAUGCCCAGCGAGAAAGAAAAGGUAAAAACGAUUACACGACCUACCGGUUGCCAAAGUAAUAUUCUAUGUUUAAUCGAUGAGUAGGAAAAAUCAGAAAGGCAUAAAAGAAGUUAACGAGAAACGAUGAUACACCUUGUUUGAUCGACGUUGUUUUCUCAAACACUGCCCCGAAGCAAAUGAAUUGAUCGCGUUUUUGUGUUUUCGAGUUCAAAAGCAUUUCUUGUUUUUUCUCUUCCGACAAAAGUGCUAAAGUUUCAGCGGAACGUUUUCGUGUAAAUGGCUCUAAGUAUCGACAAGAAAACCACGGCAAACUUAAACGAGAGUAUUCGAAAGGUAACCGAGACACGUUGCCAGACCUUUUCGCUCAGAUAUGUUCGAUGGAAAUGUUCCAAGCGACAGUUCGUGCAAAAUACUCGAAUAAUCUAGAUAUAAAUUUAGGUAUAGAGCUGUUCGAUAUCGAAGUCAGCGAUUUAGAAAUUUAAAGGAGAACCUUGGAUCGAAACAUCCUCGAUGUUCCUCCUCUCGAACACGUUUAUUGUACAUAGAGAAACAAAGAUUUAGAUGUAGACGUCGUGCCGUUUUAUAUAAUAUAGUCAUAGGAUCCAUGAUCGAUCAGGUGUCUUGCUAUCGAGUGGAUUUUACAGAUUAACGAGUUCUCAACCCUGUACUUUCGUUUCUGUUUCUAAAGAUAUAACAGGAAUACUACAGAGUAAUUUGUUGCAGAGUAAACUUAUUUCGAUCGGCUGGUCUAGCGGAUUGUAUUAGAUAGCGAUUAAAGAUCACCGAUAUUCUAAUGUAUACUUGGAGAAAGUACAGCUAGAGUAACUAGAAGCAUCUCAAUGAUUUCGUCGUAGCUUAACGAAAAAAUACGAAUCAAAUGUUACAAAGUUAAUUAAUCAUAUCUUGGAGGUAAACGAUGAUAAGAUCGAGUACGUAUUCCUUUUGAAUCGAUCGAGCUACGAAACGAUACAGAUCUAACUAUAUCAGUGAAGAAGUUUCAUUCGAACAAACAAGUUUCGAAAUUAUCCAAAUUUUUCAUCAUUUUUCUACGUAACACACUGCCUUGUGUACAUGAUUUUCGUGAUGGUACACCAAAGUUACUUCGAAAGGAACCUUACUCUCGUUUGUUACAUUGUAACGCGACUACAUGGCCUAUAUCGAUCGAACACAUUUAAUAUUCGAAACAUGAGUAAAAAAGGAAAUGAGUUACGCGUAUAAUGUUGACCCUUCGAAAAUUCGUACGCCUAAGAUACACGUAUAGAUGAUAAUAAUAACAAUGAUAAUAUCUUAUCUAUUGUCUGACGGUAAGAAACAAUAUUAAGCGCCGCGUCAAGUUCCUUUUUGUAAAUUAUAUGUGAUUUAUUUGUUCUCAGAAAUACACGUUAUAGGCACUCUAUAUAUAUUACUGAGCAACUAUAUACAACUAA